AUGGUCUCUUCAUUCAAGCAGUCGUGGCCCGUCAGAGGAGCGGUAUGGCUUUUCAAUUUUGCCCUAAGUCAAUGGUUUCUUGUCUUGCUUGGCGUGUUCGUUGCUUUGGCCCAUUCUUACCCCGAGUUUGCCAAACAGGGCGGCACUAUUAAGGCCCAGUAUAGUAUUCAGUACGGAGCGGUGGCGGUGAUCUUCUUGAUUUCCGGUCUUUCUAUGGGAACAAAAGAUUUGAUGGUCAAUAUGAGCCAUUGGAGAGCUCAUUUUACGGUGCUUUCAAUGUCGUUUUUGGUCACCCUGGCAAUUAUCUAUGGCUUUGCCUGUGCUAUAAGGCUGUCCCAUGACGGCGCUAUCGACGAAUGGUUGUUGGUGGGAAUGAUAGUGACCCAUGCUUGUCCUACAACGGUUCUGUCCAACGUGGUGAUGACAAAACAGGCCCACGGAAACGACAUUUUGACGCUUUGUGAGGUGUUCAUAGGCAAUUUGCUAGGCGCCUUCAUCACGCCGGCUUUGGUGCAAAUGUACUUGCGUGGAACCUGGGCGUUCGGAAACCCCACUCACCAGGGCUCGGGCCUGUCAGAAACCAUCCAGCAGCUUUACGCCGAGGUGAUGAAACAAUUGGGAUUGUCGGUGUUUGUGCCGCUCUUUGGGGGCCAGGUGGUGCAAAAUAUAUUUCCAAAACAAACUAAAUGGACAUUGCUGACGUUUCGUCUCAGCAAGGUGGGUUCGUUCAUGUUGCUUUUGAUCAUGUUUCAAUCAUUUUCCACGGCUUUCGCUCAAAAAGCCUUCGAGUCUGUAUCGCACGCAUCGAUCAUUUUCAUCGUCUUCUUUAACAUUGGCAUCUAUCUAUUUUUCACACUUUUGUGUUUCCUAUGGUCCAGACCGUACUUUAUCAAAGUACUCUUUUCCGAAGAACCAACACCACAGCAUUCUCGCUCGUAUCGCUUUGGAUACAAGCUUCUAACACCAUUCUAUUACAGCCGUAGGGACACCGUCAGUGUCAUGCUCUGUGGUCCUGCCAAAACUGCUGCUCUUGGUGUCUCCUUGGUUUCUUCUCAGUACGGCUCGCAUUCGCAGUACUUGGGAAAGUUGCUUGUUCCGUUGGUUUUGUACCAAGCCGAGCAGGUAAUGACGGCCCAGAUUCUCGUAAACUUUAUGAAAAAGUGGAUUCAUGCUGAGGAUAAGCCCCAAGAUGUGGAACUGGAACAACCAGAAGAGCAACAAGAAGGAACAAGCACCGAUGUGAACAAUUCACCAACGAGAAAAUCUCACGAUUCUACCAGCCAGGACUCAACAUGA